UUUCUCAAUUUACUUUACUAGCCCGCAAAUGCAUAGUCCCAAAUGAGUGGCAUCACAAGUUAACCGUGCAGAAAAGCUUGAUACACGAAACGCGACGGGUAAACUUUCGGCAGUAACGGUUUACUCAUAACAGCUCGAUCUCACUCGUUGACAAUAACCGCAAACGAAGUUAGAGCUUUCACUUGGCUACAUCGAAUCUCAAUGAGGCCACUAUUGUUACUUCUAUGCAUGGAAUAAGCAUAAUGUAUAUAUAUGUGUGUCUGCAAUAAAAUUGAAUCCUGUACAGACAAUUGGCUAUUUGCAGAAGAAGCAUCGGAGCCGAAGCAUCAUCGAAAUCGUCGCCAUCGUCGUCGUCGCAGUCACAGCGCUGCUAACUUCGACUCGGACAAUAGUAAGAGUAGCCUCGUGGUUCUAUACUGUAAGGAGCGAGCAAAGCCAAACUACUCGCACAACAGAGUCUCUUGGAAGUCCUGUCACGAGCAAUCGAAUGCGGCUGGAUCAUCUUCUGACGCGCCACGUUACGCGACGCUUAGAUUGAGAUCCAGGACAGAUACAAAAGUUCAAACAACUCGCUGUAGUAGGUCGAGCAAUUCUAAAGCAGAUUUAUCGGUUGAUCGAGAGCAUCGUACGAAGCCAGCUAACGUAUUGAGAGGCGAAAUAAACAACAACGACGCUUGCCGUCACCACACCACUGAAAGAUUUUGUCAGGAAUCAUGCUUGACCACAAACAAACUGAUAAGCCGAAAAACUUUUGACUGGUCCGGUGUAAACUUUGACCAAAUAGGCUUUGAUGCUCGCUUCUUCGUUCGCUGCACUUUCAGUUCUCAAAGGAAGCAGUUGUCGCAUCAGCAACAGAGGGCAGAAAACAUCGGGCCACAAUUGGGCAUGUUAAUCCAGCAUCUUCAGCAAGAAAAGAACUUUCCCACCAAGGAUGAGGCUAACAAUGCUUCUUUGAAUGCAAAUAACUCCCAAAAUGCUUUUCCGUUCCAAGCCACUCCCAGUGACAAUCUUAAAGUUAUACCUAACCAGGUGAUUUUUGAGUCGAAAAAAGUGAGCACCUUGAUCGCAAAGCCGUGCAAUUCUAAAGUUGCUACGAAAGCUGAAAAUCAGCAUCGCUCUGAAAAUGGUAGUCUAGUUAUGAAUGCGGGCGAAUUACCACAGUUGUUGGCAUUCGAAGUGAAAAAUUCGACGCUUGAGCGGUUACAAGUCCAACGUAGGCUACCGGAGCAGUCCGAAUUUCGGCAACCUAUGAUGUCGACCAAUAAAAGUAUAAGACCUCGGACCCAGCCCGUCAAUGGGACAAAAGUUCAACAACAACAACAUCAGCAAGAGCAGCAACAGCGUCAACAACAACAAAAAGAUGUAGAGAAGAGACUUGAAGGUGGAUCAUGUAGUACUUACGGUCAAGCUUACAAGCCAACUGCUCUUACCAAUAUUUCUUUAGCCACCUUAGGAUUCACGUAUGAACAACCAAUCGAUUGGGAACGUAUUCACCUUCCAGAUAAAACAAAUCUUCUUCACGAGCUUCUAAGACGCAUAACAACUUACAAAAAUGCUGAUUGCAUAGUUCGCAUCGGAAACAAUGAAUUCCACUGCCAUCUAUUGGUGCUGCAAUGCUAUAGCGCAUUUUUCGAUUCUAAAAAUGCAAAAAUCGUCGAUUUAACAGAGAGUUGCGUUACUUCGAAAGGCUUUUCGAUCAUCUACGACUGGAUGAUAUGUCCAACAAACGAUAGCUACCACCUUUUGCUCAGGGAUAACAUACUUGAGAUUUUUUUAGCUGCACAAUUUCUCGAAAUCAAAGAAUUGGAAGAACAGUGUUGGGCUUUCAUCGACAACGAAGAACUUUUUUCCGAAGAUACAGCAUUUUUACUUUACUUAGAAGCUAGAAAAAUAGGAAAUACUGCUAUAAUGGAACUCAUGAUCCCUCGGAUCAUGAAAUUUUUCUUGAUGCUCGUCAGUUCAAGUGACUUUUUAGAGCUCUCAGUAGGGGAACUCUGUUUACUUCUUCGUUCAAAUUAUAUCAGCGUCAACAGUGAAAUGGAAGUACUUAUGUCAGCUGUUAGAUGGCUUAUGCAUGACUGGGAAGGAAGAAAACAACAUUUGCUGGAAGUUAUGAAAUGCAUUAGGUUUGGCUUAAUAGCUCCAUGGCAACUUGUUGACGUCAAGAGAAACCCUGAGAACCCGGAAUUUAUGGAGCUUAUGUCGUAUACAGAAAUUCAAAAAAUGGUUGACGAUGGUUUAGCUUUCGUUAUCAUCAAGUACUGGUAUGGUAAUCAAACAGAAGAUUAUUACCACUGGAUAGAUCUGCUCGGAUUAACUGAACCAACAAACAGGAAUUGGGCUGGUGAAGAUAAAAAUUACGUGACGUACAGAGAGUUUUUAUUAUAUUUAGAUGAGUAUCAAAAAACAAAAAUAUCAGGAAUAAAGAACAAAAAAUCUCAUGAAAAAACAUCACCAGCCACUUCACCUGUUAAAGAAUCAUCCCCGCAGUCGACAUUGGCCUCUAAAACUCGAACCAGUCAUUUUUCUCAUUCCUCGGAAAUUCCAUAUCCGAUAACAAAUUCUAAACCUUCAAAGAAUUUUACACAAUCGUCAAAUGAUAAUCAACACUCUUCCUCGCAUGUGAUAAUGCUACCACCUGAAAUGUUGAACCAAUAUCUCAAUAACGCUAAUCGAAGUUCUGCGAAAUUGGCUAGUAAGUCUACGAACGUUUUAUCAAGAUCAAAGAAUUAA